AAUUAAUGUAAAUAACCGCAAUAGUGUUACUCGAUUAGAAAUAUUCGAAUAUUUUUUUCAUUUAUUCGAUUAAUCGAACGAUUAUGAACGAUUAGCGGGCAUUAUUCGGGGAUUAUUCGCAUUCAUAUUAUUUCCUUUGAACUAUUCGAUUAAUUCAACUACUCGUGCUGGCAAUAUUCGAUUAAAAAUUAUUCGAAUAUUUUUAUAGUUAUUCGAUUAGCUGAAUUAAUCGAACGAUUAACGGACAUCACUAGUCGUGGAUCGUGGACCACGAUUCGUGGUAUCAGCGGCGCAGCGGUAUCAGCAGUGCUCGGUCACCGGCGUCAGCAAGUUAUUAUUCGAUUUAUCUCAGUCGUUUUUGGACCAGUGAGGCAGUGAGUGAUAAUGAAUGACACAGCAGGAAAGGUUAUUUCGUGCAAAGCUGCGGUUGCAUGGGAACCCAAAAAACCACUGUCAAUUGAGAAUAUUGAAGUGGCUCCACCGAAGCAAAGCGAAGUUCGGAUAAAGAUAGUCGCUUCUGGAGUCUGCCAUACAGACGCUUACACGUUGGACGGCCAUGAUUCGGAAGGAGUUUUUCCUGUUAUUCUUGGUCACGAGGGAGCUGGAAUUGUAGAAAGCGUCGGAGUUGGUGUAACUAAAUUUAAACCAGGCGAUCAUGUAAUUCCCCUGUACAUUCCGCAAUGCUUUGAAUGCAAGUUCUGUAAAAGCCCAAAAACUAAUCUGUGCCCGAAAAUUCGUGCCACGCAGGGAAAAGGAGUACUUCCAGAUGGCACAACACGUUUCACCUGCAAAGGUAAACAAGUUUAUCAUUUUAUGGGAACUUCGACAUUUGCCGAAUAUACAGUCGUAGCUGAUAUUUCACUAUGCAAGGUUAAUGAAACAGCGCCACUCAACAAGAUUUGCUUGCUAGGCUGUGGAAUUCCUACGGGAUACGGAGCUGCGUUGAAUACAGCGAAAGUUGAAAAAGGAAGCAGUUGUGCAAUUUGGGGACUUGGAGCUGUCGGAUUAGCAGUAGCAAUGGGUUGCAAAGCUGCAGGAGCCACACGAAUUAUAGGAGUUGAUAUCAAUUCUGACAAGUUUAAAUUAGGAGAACAGUUCGGUUGCACUGAAUUCGUUAACCCAAAGGAUUAUGACAGAUCGAUACAAGAAGUUCUUAUUGAGAUGACAGACGGUGGGCUCGACUAUACGUUUGAAUGUGUGGGCAAUGUGCUGACAAUGCGUGCUGCGUUGGAGUCAUGUUGUCGAGGAUGGGGAGUGUCAACCAUAAUCGGUGUUGCUGAAUCCGGACGAGAAAUUUCUACACGCCCUUUUCAGUUGGUCACUGGAAGAACUUGGAAGGGAACUGCUUUUGGGGGUUGGAAAAGUGUCGAAAGUGUACCUAAGUUGGUGAAUUCUUAUUUAAAUAAGGAGCUAAUGGUGAAUGAAUUUAUCACACAUACAAUGAGAAUCGAUGAAAUUAACGAUGCAUUUACUCUAAUGCAUGGAGGGAAUAGCAUUAGAUCUGUAGUUGAGUUCUGAAGAAAAAAAACGGAUCAAAUUUUGCUGAUAUAUAUAAAUACAUAACGUUGCGCACAACCAUUAACAUUUACAUUAUAUAACCUCAUUUUUGAAGUCGGUAAAUUUUUCGUUUUUGUCUUGAUAUAUGCUGAUCUGGUGAUGGUGAGCUAAAGCAUUUUGAGUUGAUAUAAUGAUAUGGGAGGCCAGUUAAAAGUGGAGAAAAGGAUACGGAUGUCUUUACAAAUAUUAGUCAGGAUGCCUACAUUCGAAUUUUAUUAUUACUAUACAAACCUCUGUAAACAGCUUCGGUGGCGCCCCUAGCUUAGGAAGAAAUUGUACUUUGCACUCACAUAUCUAUACUACUUAACUCUGAGAUUUCGGGCAUUUUGUACGAAAAAUUAGCUUAUUUAAAAAAAAAUCAGACGAACUAGCUUCUGACUAAAAGCGUCAAUAAAAAAGAAAAUUGUAUAGCUUCAAAAAAAAUUUUGGAUUCGUAAAAUUAGUUUUUCUUUUUCAGAUGUUUUAUGUGUAUGCGUAUCUUAAAUAUGUGUAUUUUUAAGGAAAUGUCGAAUAUACCACUUCCAAAUAGUAA